AUGCCAGUCCCAACCGUUCGUCUUUCCUCGGGCGUCGAGCUGCCCCGUCUUGCCUUCGGCACAGGCACCGCGCUCUACAACUCCACCGUUACCAAGCAAGUCGUCAUGGCUCUCGAAUCCGGCUUCCGUUUCGUCGACGGAGCUCAAGUAUACGCUAACGAAGAAUCUGCUGGCGACGGUAUCGAGUCUUUCCUCAAAUCCUCCGGUCUUAAGCGUACCGACCUCUACGUCCUUACCAAAGUCGGCAAGGCUGGUAUGCUAGACCUUCAAUCAGCGGUCAAGGAGGAAAUGCGAAAGCUCAAAGUCGAAUACCUUGAUUCUUACCUCCUUCACUUCCCUCCCCGCGGUAAAGAUGGACUUCCUAGCAACGUGGAUGCGUGGAAAGAGCUGGAGAAGAUCAAGCAAGCGGGUCUGGCGAAGAGUAUCGGUGUCAGUAACUGGUUGGCCAGUGAUAUUCAGCAACUGUUGGACGCUGGAUCGAGCGUGCCUGAUAUUAAUCAGAUUGAAUUCCACCCUUACUGCUACUCUCACGAGGAGUACAUCAAGCUCCUUGCUCUGCAGAAGAAGCACGGUAUUGUCACCAUGACCUACUCUGCUCUCGCUCCGUUCUACAAGAAUGCUUUGCCAGAGGAUGGACCUCUGAACAAGGCUCUUACUGCCAUAGCGGGUAAGAAUGAUAAGCGUACCCCGGCCAACGUCUUGCUCCGAUGGGCUCUUCAGCGUUCGGAGGGUAUCAUAACCACCACCACCAGCAAAGAGUCUCGUGCGAAGGAGUACCUCGACCAGUUGGACACUUGCAACGAUUCGCAGCUCACCUUGACCGAGGACGAGCUUAAGCAGAUCGACCAGGCUGGUAAAGAACACGGCGCCGAGAAAUUCUACAUGGCUCCUUACCUGAAGCCUUAA